AUUUUAUCAAAAUGAAUGAAGAAAUAGAUCAUCAUUUAGAAAUGCAAGAGACAAAUGCUAUGUUGCUGAAAUAAUUUGAAAAAGAGACUGAAUUACAAGAAAAUGAAAUUUAAUAAAAAUACUCAGAUCCACCUUCUCCGAUAAAAUAAUCUUAAAAAAAAGAAAGAGUUGUAGAAAAAUUAUUGGAAAAUAGAGAAAAAUUUAAUGAUAAAACAGCUUUAUUUAAUUUAAUUAAUACAUUACAAUUGGUAAAGGAUUAUAUUAAAUAUUUAGGUUAUAACUCUAUAUAAUCUUAGUUCAAUUAUAAAUAUAGAAGGAUAAACAAAUUUAAAAUUUCAUGACACUACUUAGAUUUAUGGCUUUUAUAUUUGGAAUAAGCAGGGAUUUAGUGUUUAUUACCUUAUCAUGAUCUUAAUAUUGGUUCAUAUUUUAAAAUUGUUAACGUGUUUGGUGGGUAUUAUAAGAAAUUAUUAAAUUAGGUUAUUUUUGUGUUGUUUAAAAAAGUCAACAAUUAUUAUCAAUCUUUAUGAUGUUAACUUUUGCUUGUGUAAUUACUAGAGGCAUAAUUACUAUACUAUUGCUGAUUGAUUAUAAUCAAAUAGAACUUACAUAAUCAUAUAUAUAUGGAGAUUCCGAUAAAGUAGCUUAAUCCUAAGCUAUUCAAUUUACUAUUGUAUUAAUCAUUUUCGUUGCUGUUGAAAUUAUCAUGGGUUUGCAGAGCCUUUUAUUAGCAGGCCAAGCUAAGAAAAAAUAUAAAAGUACAUCAAUUUAUCUAUUAAAAUCAAGUUAUGAGAAUUAAUGAAAAAAAAAUUGCUGCUCAUUACAAAAUAGCGUACUAAAUUCUCCUAAGAUAAUUUUUAAUUUGA